CGCCCGUGAAACAUCAGUCACAUGAAGCGAGAAGACACCGCAGGUUCACAAGCGGUAAACUUACAGCUUCUUGCUUGCCUUCAAUGAUGAUGCCCUGUCCGAUCUUAGAGCUGUCGUCCUGGAUGACAAAGCCAACGCGCCAGUCGUGCACGAAAGAUGUGCCCUCCUCGUUUUUGCACGCAUUGUUCGGACAUACCACUGGGCCAUCCUCAAUACUGUGCAAUGAAGAGAAUGGAAGGGAGAUGUUAGAAAAGAGGAAUUUGACGGUCAACCGGGUCAAUUGUUUGUGCACGCACGUCCGUACUCUGUUGCAUUUCAAACACCGGAGCACAACCCAAUCAAUUGGAUUAGGCGGUCGUACAUUCAUGACACGGGCUCUGACGAGGAAGGUCGAGUCCUUUACUUGUUUGCUUUUCAAAUCGGCAAUUGUGGCGACCGCGAAAUCUUUGCCAGGCAGAGUCGAGCGAAAAGCAGGGAGACGACCACCAGCAGUAGCAGAGGUAAGAGCAGAAGCAUUCGUUGACGUUGCCUUCAACAAAUUCGGCUUGCGUUCGUGCGAUUCUCCUUUGUCGGCAUCAUCAACGCCCGCCAAUUGUGACUCAGCUUGCGGAGAGGUUUGAGACAUCUGUGCUCUGACAUUGCGUAGAGGGCGCCUCGACGGCGUGGGCAGCGCAGUCCCUUCCGACGAGGCCGAAGUAGCCGUGCUCUGUGCUAUGCUACUCGGGGUGUGAGAGAGACCCGCCGUGAACGCUCCUGAUCUGAGACGCUGAGCAACGAGAACCGG